UGCGAAAGAGACUGUUAAGACUUCAGCUCUCUCUCUCUCUUUUCCAUUGCAUCCCCCCUUUCACUCCUAAAAAGCUAGCUUCUUUAGGAGGGAAGGGACAAAACAAAUGGAGAAGAACAACAACAACAUUCUAAACGAACUUCAACUUCAAACAAUCCCAAGAUUUUCUCUACCUAGUAAUUCUCUUCUUCUCCUUCCUCUUGUGAUUCCAAUCUUCACCUUCAUUUUCACUUCUACUGCUACUACAGUUUCUGCUUUCGACUAUGCCGAUGCUCUAACCAAGAGCCUUCUCUACUUCGAAUCACAACGUUCGGGUCGGUUACCGUACAAUCAACGCGUCACUUGGCGGGAUAAUUCCGGCCUCACUGACGGCUUAGAACAAGGAGUGGAUUUGGUUGGAGGGUAUUAUGACGCUGGCGACCAUGUAAAAUUUGGGCUGCCAAUGGCCUUCACAGUGACAAUGCUUUCAUGGAGUGUCAUUGAAUUCCGAGACCAGAUCGCUGAAGCAGGGGAAUUGGAACAUGCGCUGGAGGCAAUCAAAUGGGGCACAGAUUACUUCAUUAAGGCACACACUAGCCCAAAUGUGUUAUGGGCUGAGGUGGGUGAUGGAGACACUGAUCACUAUUGCUGGCAACGCCCGGAGGACAUGACAACAUCACGACAUGCUUACAAGAUCGACGAGAACAAUCCCGGGUCGGAUCUCGCCGGAGAAACGGCUGCCGCCAUGGCUGCAGCUUCAAUAGUUUUCAAGAAAACAAACCCACAUUACUCGCACCUACUCUUGCACCAUGCCCAGCAGUUGUUUGAAUUUGGUGAUAAAUAUAGAGGAAGAUAUGAUGCGAGUGUGGGGGUGGUGAAGAGCUACUAUGCAUCGGUGAGUGGCUACAUGGAUGAGUUGUUGUGGGGAGCAAUGUGGCUGUACAAGGCCACCGACAGUGACAAUUACUUGGACUACGUUAUCAACAAGGCUCAUUACUUUGGUGGGAUUGGUUGGGCAAUUACAGAGUUCAGUUGGGAUGUUAAGUACGCUGGUCUUCAACUUAUGACUUCAAAGUUACUCGCGGAAGAUAAACACAAGAAACAUACGCACAUACUCGAGCAGUAUCGAUCCAAGGCCGAGUACUACUUAUGUUCAUGCCUCAACAUGAACAAUGGUAGCAAUAUUGACCGGACUCCGGGAGGUCUCUUAUACAUUCGGCAAUGGAACAACAUGCAGUAUGUUUCAACGGCAGCGUUUCUUCUCACUGUUUACUCGGAUUUUCUGGUUAACUCAAAUCAAAAGCUGAAUUGUCAUGGAGGGACAGUGGAUCAUGAAGAGAUCUUAAGUUUUGCCAAAUCUCAAGUUGAUUAUAUCUUGGGCUCUAACCCGAUGAACAUGAGCUAUUUAGUGGGUUAUGGGUCCAAAUAUCCCACAAGGGUGCACCACAGAGGAGCUUCAAUUGUGUCAUACAGAGAGAAUAAGGGGUUCAUUGGGUGCACCCAAGGGUACGACAAUUGGUACAGCCGGCCAGAGCCUAACCCGAAUGUUUUAGUUGGGGCAUUGGUGGGAGGACCCGAUUGUCAAGAUAAUUUCAUGGACCAAAGAGAUAACUAUAUGCAGACUGAGGCCUGCACAUACAAUACAGCACCAUUGGUGGGAGUUUUUGCCAAAAUGCUGCAAUUACAGGACCAAAAUCCUUCGCAAUCUCUGGUUGCUUCUUAUUAGUAAUAAUAUAUUAUUAUACAUAUAUUACAUGAGAAAUAUAAAUAUAGUAUUGAAUUUUUAUAAUUGCUUUCUUUUUUUUUUUUGGCUGAACGAAGGUGUUCUAGCCUCCAUAUGUACUUUAUUUUUAUUAUUUUUUGAUCUUUCCCUAGUGUUAAUAGAUCAAAAACCUUACUAUUGUCGCUUAUUUUCUUUCUCUUUCUUU